AGUGUACUGCGUGUGAUGAUGGGGUGCAGAGCUGUGUGCCUCGCCCUGCUGGGCCUUCUGGCUGGAGCCUACGCACAACCAUGUCUGCUCAUUACUCCCAAUAUUCUGCGCUUGGAGAGUGAGGAGACCCUAGUGGUGGAUGGGCAGAGUCGGGCAUUCGAUGUUGAUGUGGAGAUCCAGGACUUUCCCAAGAGGCAGUUCAGUUUGGCCAAGCAAAAAGUUUCCCUUAACAGCGCCAACAAAUAUCUUGGCACGGCAGUGGUCAAGAUUCCUUCUAAGGACAUCCUGAAUGACCGGAGUACAAAACAAUUUGUGUACGUUUCAGUAAAGUCUCCCGUGUGUAAUCUAGAGAAAGUCGUCCUGGUGGGUUACCAGAGUGGAUAUGUCUUUAUACAGACGGACAAGACCAUCUACACUCCGGGAUCUAAUGUUCUCUACCGCAUCUUUUCAAUGGAUUAUAAAAUGUCCCCGGUGAACAAAGCCGUCAUUGUGGAAUUCCUGACUCCCGAAAACAUUAUUGUUAAGAGGGAUACCAUCAAACACGAUUCAUCCUCUGGUAUCCUCUCUCUGUCCUUUAGGCUGCCUGAGCUUGUCAGCUUGGGGACAUGGACCAUAGCAGCAAAAUACGAAGACACUCCGCUCCAGAACUAUACUGCACAUUUUGAUGUGAAGGAAUACGUCUUGCCAACAUUUGAGAUCCAACUGAUUCCAGACCAAAAAUUCUUUUACAUUGAUGAUAAUGAAUUUAUUGUAGACAUCAGAGCAAAAUUCCUCUAUGGGAAAAAUUUGGACGGUUCAGCAUUUGUAUUAUUCGGAGUGAUGAAGGAUGGUAUAAAGACCAGCUUUCCAAAUACCCUUAGGAGAAUUGAGAUUGAAAGUGGAGAAGCUACGGCUACCUUAGAGAGAAAAGAUUUUAUAAAGAACUUCCAGAACGUUGAUGACAUGCUGCAGUUCACUCUGUAUAUGUCUAUCACGGUGGUUACUGACUCAGGCAGCGAAAUGGUGGAAAGCGAGUUAGAAAAUAUCCACAUUGUGAAAUCUCCGUAUAAAAUCCACUUCACCAAAACCUCCCAGCAUUUCAAGCCUGGAAUGCCCUUUGACCUUACGGUGUUUGUCACAAACCCCGAUGGUUCUCCAGCCAAUCGGAUCCGGGUGGUGGCUGAACCAGGAAGAGUUGAAGGUUUGACUGGAGCCGAGGGAACGGUCCGACUGACACUGAACACAGCUGCCAAUCUAAACCGUCUGCCAAUAACUGUGAAAACAUCUCAGGGUUUGCAAGAUGAGAGAGAAGCCAGCGCAACGAUGACAGCGACCGCGUACAACUCAAACGGCAAUUACCUCCAUAUUGGUAUCACCGCUGCUGAAGUCAAACCCGGAGAAAACCUUGCCGUGAACUUCAACAUCCGUAACACCAAUCCAGCACUUCAAAACCAAAUCCAGCACUUCACCUACGUGAUCAUGAACAAGGGCAGGGUGCUGCAAGCAAACAGACAAGUACGGCUGGCUGGCCAGUCCUUGGUGACCAUGUCUCUCCCAAUCACAGAGCAAUUCAUACCAUCAUUCCGCUUGAUUGCAUAUUACUUCUUAGGAAAUGAAAUUGUGGCUGACUCCAUCUGGGUGGACGUGGCAGAUACCUGCAUGGGAACGUUGGAGGUGACCGGUAACACGGAACGAGACAAUAAAGUUCAAAGUCCCGGUUCUACCAUGAAGCUGAAGCUGAGAGCAGAUCACAAGGCCAGCGUGGGAUUGGUAGCUGUAGACAAAGGAGUCUACGUACUGAACAGCAAGCACAAGAUGUCCCAGAACAAGGUGUGGAGCUCGGUGGAGAAUUCAGAUAUUGGCUGUACACCUGGAAGCGGUCUAAAUAGCAUGUUGGUGUUUUCUGAUGCUGGCUUGGCCGUGCAAUCCAGUACAAAGGCUACCACUGAGCAGAGAUCAGAGCCUCAAUGUAAGUCUCCUCCAGCCCGGAAAAGGCGAUCCACAGCCCAGCUGAUCGAAAUUAAAAAUUCGUAUGCCGCCAAGUAUCAAGAGCCAGAAAGACAAUGCUGCAAAGAUGGCAUGAGGGAGAAUCUUAUGGGUGACAACUGUGAGCUCAGAGCAACCCACAUUACAGAGGACCAGAAGUGUGUGGACGCCUUCCUGGACUGCUGUGUCUACAUUGAGAAGAAGAAAGCAGAAGAAAGAGAAGGGAAAGAAGUUGACAUUUUUGGAAGAAGUGAUGAUGAUGAUAACUACAUUCCCGAUGCUGAUAUUGUGUCCAGAAGUGAGUUCCCUGAAUCCUGGUUUUGGAAGAUAGAAACAAUGAGCGAAAGACCAACCAAUGGGAAAAUUUCAACCAAAGUGCUCAACGUAUUUUUGAAAGAUUCCAUCACCACCUGGGAGGUCCUCGCUGUUAGUCUUUCAGAAAAUAAAGGUAUUUGUGUUGCAAAACCCUAUGAAAUCCAAGUCAUGAAAGACUUCUUCAUUGACCUGAAGCUGCCUUAUUCUGUGGUGAGGAAUGAACAGGUGGAGAUCCGUGCCAUUCUCUACAAUUAUGGAAACAGCAAAAUCAAAGUCCGAGUGGAAUUUACUCACAACCCAGAGUUCUGCAGUCUGUCCAACUCCAGAGCAAAAUACCGUGUGGCAAUUGACAUCAACCCCCUUUCCUCCGUUUCUGUUCCUUUUGUCAUUGUCCCUCUGAGUCUGGGUCUGCAUGACGUAGAGGUGAAAGCUGCCGUCCAAAACCAGUUCUUGGCUGAUGGUGUCAAGAAAAAGCUCAAGGUUGUGCCGGAAGGAGUUCGUCUUACAAAGAAUAUCAAGACUGUGAUCCUGGAACCACUUGUGAAAGGGCAAGAUGGGGUCCAGAAAGAGUUGAUCUCCCCAUUGAAUGAGAAAAAUAUCGUGCCUCGGACAGAAGUUGAGACAAUUGUAACCAUUCAAGGAACUCCAAUCACUCAAAUGGUGGAAGAUGCCAUAGAUGGCUCCAAUCUCAAUCCUUUAAUUGUUGUGCCACGUGGUUGUGGAGAGCAAAACAUGAUUACUAUGACGCCUAGUGUAAUCGCCACAAUCUACCUGGAUGCUACAGGCCAGUGGGAGAGAGUAGGUCUGAACCGAAGAGAAGAAGCCAUCAAGAACAUCAAAACAGGUUAUGUACAGCAACUCGUUUACCGCAAAGCAGACAAUUCCUAUGCUGCUUUCAAGGAGAGGCCAGCCAGCACAUGGCUAACGGCAUACGUGGCCAAGAUUUUUGCCAUGGCCCGUCCCUUUAUGGACAUAGAAGCUAAUGUCCUGUGUGGUGCCAUUAAAUGGCUGAUCCUGGAGAAACAGAAACCAGAUGGAUUGUUUAAAGAAGAUGCUCCAGUAAUUCAUCAGGAGAUGAUCGGUGGAUUUAAAGGAUCAAAAGAACCAGAUGUUGCCCUCACAGCCUUUGUCCUCAUUGCUAUGUUGGAAAGCGAGGCCGCCUGUACUCCACAUGUGAAUAACCUGAGACUUAGUAUUGAAAAGGCAUCCAGCUUCCUGCUGGGCCAGUAUCCAACUCUUAAAAAACCAUAUUCCAUUGCAGUUGCCUCAUACGCCCUUGCUAUGGCUGGAUCCAUCGACAAUUCAGCUAAACUGAUGUCUGUGGCAACAGACAAAGUCCAAUGGGAAGAACCAGGAGCUCGGUUCAUUUCUCUGGAGGGCACAGCUUACGCUCUGCUUGCUCUACUGCGUUUGAAAGAAUAUGAACUCACUGGGCCAAUUGUACGCUGGCUGACCGAACAAAGAUUCUAUGGAACAGUGUACGGAUCUACACAAGCCACCAUCGUUAUGUUCCAAGCCAUGGCUCAGUACCAGAUAGAUGUCCCAUCGGCUACCACUUUAGAUAUGGAUGUGUCUAUCCAACUUCCAGAAAGACAACAAGCCACACGGUAUCGCCUCAAUAUUGGUAAUGCACUGCUUGCACGCUCUGCUGAGACCCGACUGAACAAGGAGUUUGAGGUGACUGCAACAGGCAAAGGACAAGGAACACUGACAGUCAUGUCAGUGUAUCAUGCUAUUGUGACAGAGAAAGAACGGCAAUGCAAAAACUUUGAUUUGACCGUCAAAGUUGAAGAAGAACCACAUGUUAAGAGACCAGAAGGGGCUUUCUCAACUAUUUCACUGGAGAUCUGCGCAAGAUUUUUGAGUGACCGGGAUUCCACCAUGUCUAUUAUUGACAUUUCCAUGAUGACUGGAUUCUCUCCGGACAUUGACAGCCUUAAUAGGCUAUCAAAAGGUGUGGACAAAUAUAUCUCCAAAUAUGAGAUUAACAAGGGAGCGACGGAGAAGGGAACACUUCUGUUAUAUCUUGAUAAGAUUUCUCACAAGAGGCACGGAUGUGUGAAAUUCUAUGCACAUCAGAUCUUUCAAGUGGGUCUUAUCCAGCCAGCUUCUGUCACAGUGUAUGACUAUUACACCCCAGAAAGCCGAUGCACAAAAUUCUACCAUUUUGAUGACGGCAGCAAAUUACUGGGGAGGAUCUGCAGGGACGAUGUAUGCCGAUGUGCUGAAGCAAACUGCUUCUUGCAGCAACAGCUUGAAGGUCAAAUUACGGCAGAGGAAAGGAUGGAGAGAGCUUGUAAACAAGGAGUGGACUAUGUAUACAAGGCGCGACUGGAUAAGGUUGAACCAAAUGAUAACUACGAUAAUUACGUCAUGACCAUAGUCAAGGUCAUCAAGCUAGGUACAGAUGAGCGCGUUCAGGGCAAUCAAAGGAACUUCAUCAGUCACAUUAAAUGCCGUAAAUCCUUGGAUUUGAAGCAAGGACGGGAGUACCUGAUUUGGGGAAUCGGUGGUGACCUUUGGGACCAGCCGUCUGGAUACUCCUACAUUAUCGGGAAAGACACAUGGAUCGAAUGGUGGCCAAACAACAGAGAAUGCCAGAACCGAGCUAAUGAGAAGCUAUGUGAUGACUUUGCAAUCCUUGCUGAAAAUCUGGAGAUUAAUGGCUGUCCAUCAUAAAGU